UUGUAAAGUGCUAAGAAUUAUACAUCUCCUUUUAACUGAUUUCUUCAAAUGUACAUUUGAAGACUUCAGUUUGAAAUGUCAAAAUGUUAUGCAGUAUGUUCUCAGCCAGACAUGCACAAUAAAAUUGCCAUUUUCAUCACAGGAGAAUUUGGCCCUGGAAGCAGAAAUUCCUGAAAAUGGGAGAAAUAUAUUUGCAUUCCUUUUUCCUUUCUUUUUGGGCACAUUUACAUGAUUCUUGAGACGGACUGUAACAGUGAAUAAUAAGCUGUUGUGUUGAGUUUGUCUUCCAUAGCUUUCUAUGAGCAUUUCCACCAGAAAUCCUAGAAAUUCUGAGCACUGAGCAUGAACCCAAAAGCUCUUCAAGUGACUAAUGUGACCAACUGCAAUUAAUGACACUUUCAAUAAUAAGCCAUCUCAUAGCUGUAAUUUGCAGAAGACUUUACUGUACAAUUAAAAAUCAUACAUAUAUUUUAGAAAAUCAUGUUUGAAUCAAGAGUACUCCAGGAACAGAAUAAAAGAUUAUUCUUGUUUUGCUAUUGCAAUUUUUUGUCUCCAUUUGAGGUCUAAGAUAGCUCAUCCAAUGAAUAUUAAAAAGAGUUGCAGGAAGUGGUGAAAGACAGAAAGAUUAUUUAACUUUGGCACAAAGUUGUCCACAUGGUAUAGUUGAAUCAAGGUAUUGGGAUAAUCUGCAGCAUUAGCAACAUGAGGUUAACUUUUUCUGCUCAUGUAGUAAAAUAUUUGUCAGGAAUUCUACCAUGUCUCAUUUAGGACACAUGAAAACCUGCAUGCUGUAUAAUUUAGGCACUUUGAUCCAUAUGAGUCUCAAUAUUCCAGGUUUCUAUUUCUUUUUUCUUUCUACCAUGCAUAUUUGACAUAGUAUGUGCAACUAUUCCUUCAGGCUUUCACUCUAUUGUUAUUCAAAAGCCAAGAAGACAAAUUCCCUCUGCAAUUCAGAAAAGACAGACUUGCAGCUUUUCAGCAUUUAAAAAACCUUUUGUCACCCACUGUCAGAGAGAACAAGGUAAAACCAGCAUGGUCACUUUAAUAGCUGGUGCUUAAAACAAAGAUGGAUUUGAAUAGUUGCCUUGGCUUUCUGCAAUGUGUUUGUGCUGUUCUCUGCACAGCACUGUAGUUUCCAAGCUGUCUUAACCACAACAUCAGGGGAAGCUGUGUGCUUGUUUCCCUGUAUCCUUGUAAAUCAUACUGUCUAUUUACAUGCUUUCAAGAAACAAAAAAAAAUCUGCAAGUGCUUUUAUUAAAUUGAGUUCCCUACUGUGACACCAGUCUUCUUCCCUCUACUUGCUUUGAAUGACUCUGUCUGAGGUUGGUAGUAAAGGCUAAAAGGAAAAAAACAAACCAAAAUAACAAAGCUGGAACAGUCAAACCUCAGGCCAUUAAGGGCCGUGUCUUCAAAGCCGUAUGUCUAAGCAGAGAGGACAUGUGGUUUUAUUGAUUGAAUGCAGACUGAGAGACAGGAACUUGUAACUUUUAAUUUUACUUGUGCUCCUGUCUCACUUUGCAACCCUUAAGCAACUUAAUUUAACUCUGCAGAAGAUCUAGCAUUGUCUUUUGUAGAGUCACACCACCAGUCCCAAAGGCCAAGUCGGAUUUGGGCCACACUGAGUUGUACUCAUUCUGGUCUGCUCCAAGGGGGCAAGAAGACAUCCUGGAGGUAGCUCAGAACACCCGCCCAAGCUAGUACAAUUACAUGUACUAAAUCACACAUUUAUGUGUUAUCCUCAAGCCCUUGGCCUUACUCUCCUAUAUCCAAUAUACUGGGUCUUAUCCUAUAUUUCUUGGAAAAGUCUGAGCUGCUUUUGAUACUGGCUGUGCAGCUGAGUUACAUUCUGCAGUAUGUACAUUUGCCACAGGGCUGUAUGCAGUUCACAGCUGAAUCCAGAACAUGCAGCCCCCUGUCUCUGUUUCUCAAUCUAAACUGAAAAAUAAAAAUGCUUUUUGAAUUCCAGGAGGAGGCCAAUGAUGCUUGUCGUGCCAUGACUUUGCGAGGGAUCUCUAGCUAACCCUGAGCAGAGAAGCAGCUGAAGCACAUAUUCCCAUGUCCCCAGAGCAGACAGGGAGGGAUGAGAGCAGGAAGAACGAGGCACAGGCAGGCCACAUCUGACAGAUAGCGGAUAUGAGGACUUUGCUGACUUCAGAAAGCUGACAGAAACCAACAGACUUCAGUGAAAUACCCCUCCAACCACAAAGACUUUUGGUAGCUUUAAAGUAACCUGUUGUUCAAGUGCAAAGACAUGGCAACUGGUUCUUUCAGCACACAUGGAGGAAGGCAACAAACAUUGUAACCCUGGCUAAUAAGACUGUGUUUUCCUUAUCAAAAGUAGGAGGUAGGCCAAUUAUAAAAGGAUUAUUUUAUUGUUAUCCUCCAGGACUUUAACUCUGGCCUGAACACUGGACAUAAAUAGAAGCCAAUUUUAAUGACCUGCGAUUUUGUUACCUGUGUGUUAUUAUUGUUAUCAGUUCCUAAACAAUUUGGUACUUUAUUUCUUUAAAUUAGAAAUGGGUUCGUGGAUUAAAAUGUGGCCCACAGAUUGGGCUCUUCUCAUGAAAUCAUGGCUUAUCUUUUCCCUGGGGCUCUACAUACAGGUCUCCAAAACUUUGGCCUGCCCAAAAGUGUGCCGCUGUGACCGAAACUUUGUCUACUGUAAUGAACGAAGCUUGACCUCAGUGCCUCUUGGGAUACCGGAGGGUGUAACCGUCCUCUACCUCCAUAAUAACCAAAUUAAUAAUGCUGGAUUUCCUGCAGAGUUGCACAAUGUCCAGUCUGUGCACACAGUCUACCUGUAUGGCAAUCAAUUGGAUGAAUUCCCCAUGAACCUGCCCAAGAAUGUCAGGGUUCUCCACCUGCAGGAAAACAACAUUCAGACUAUUUCACGUGCUGCUCUUGCUCAGCUUUUGAAGCUGGAAGAACUGCAUCUGGAUGACAACUCCAUCUCCACUGUUGGUGUUGAGGAUGGGGCAUUCCAGGAAGCCAUCAGCCUCAAGCUUCUGUUCUUGUCCAAGAAUCACUUAAGCAGUGUGCCAGUAGGCCUUCCUCUGGACUUACAAGAACUUCGUGUAGAUGAAAACCGGAUCGCUGUCAUUUCAGACCUGGCCUUCCAGAAUCUUACAAGUCUGGAGCGUCUGAUUGUGGAUGGCAAUCUCCUUACUAAUAAAGGCAUAGCUGAAGGCACCUUUAGCCACCUCUCCAAGCUCAAGGAAUUCUCAAUAGUUCGGAAUUCACUGACUUACCCUCCUCCCGAUCUUCCAGGUACACAUCUGCUAAGACUUUACUUGCAGGACAACCAGAUAACCCAUAUACCACUUACAGCCUUUUCAAACCUCCACAAACUGGAACGUCUUGAUAUUUCCAACAAUCAACUUCGGAUGUUGGCAAAGGGAGUAUUUGAUAAUCUCCAUAACCUGAGACAACUCACUGUAAGGAAUAAUCCCUGGUUAUGUGACUGCAGCAUAAAGUGGGUCACUGAAUGGCUCAAAUUUAUUCCUGCUUCCAUCAAUGUACGGGGUUUUAUGUGCCAGGGACCAGAGCAGGUCCGAGGUAUGGCAGUCAGGGAGCUCAAUAUGAAUAUGUUGUCAUGCCCUACCACCACCCCUGGUCUGCCACUUAUCAUCACCCCAGUCCCAGCUACAACCAUGCCAACUACAUUAGUUCCCAGCUCAUCAUUUCCUCCCUCAAGUAGUAAAUAUAAUCCUCUCACUCCCAUUAUUGCCACACUCCCCACUGUGCCUGACAGAGAGGACAGAGAAAGGGUGACACCUCCUUUGUCUGAAUGGAUUCAGCUCUCCAUCCAUUUUGUGAAUGACACUUGCAUCCAAGUCAACUGGAUGUCACUUUUUUCAGUGAUGGCAUAUAAACUCACAUGGGUUAAAAUGGGCCAUAGUCUGGUAGGAGGAAUUGUUCAUGAACGAAUAAUUAGUGGUGAGAAGCAGCAAUCAAGCUUGGUAAAUCUGGAGCCCAAAUCCACUUACCGGAUUUGUUUGGUUCCACUGGAUACUUAUAACAACUACCGAACUGGAGAAGACACUGUCUGUUCAGAAGCCACAACCAAGGCUUCCUUUUUGAAUGGCAGCAACAUCCCUUCCAGCCAUGAACAGGCAACUUCUCAGAACCUAGGCUCCCCAUUUCUGCUGGCAGGGCUGAUUGGGGGUGCAGUGAUAUUUGUCCUCAUGGUCUUGCUCAGCAUUUUUUGCUGGCACAUGCACAAAAAAGGUCGUUACACCUCCCAGAAGUGGAAAUAUAACCGGGGCCGUCGGAAAGAUGACUACUGUGAGGCAGGGACCAAGAAGGACAACUCCAUCCUGGAGAUGACGGAAACCAGCUUCCAGAUUGUCUCCUUAAAUAAUGAUCAGCUCCUUAAAGGAGAUUUCAGACUGCAGCCCAUUUAUACCCCUAACGGGGGCAUUAACUACACAGACUGCCACAUCCCCAACAACAUGCGAUACUGCAACAGCAACGUCUCAGACCUGGAGCACUGUCAUACGUGAUAGUGAGGGAAGAUGGGGGUCUCUAGGACAAGGAGAAAAAAACUCUAGAAAAAGAUAAACCCCCCAACAAUAAUGAAAAAAAAAAUUACAUUUGAUAAAUGUUACACAGAUGCAUUUAUGCAUUUGAAUACUCUGUAAUUUAUACGGUGUACUAUAUAAUGGGAUUUAAAAAAAAAAGUGCUAUCUUUUCUAUUUCAAGUUAAUUGCAAAUGGUUUUGUAACUCUUUGCUUUUUAAAUCUUUAAAAAAAUAUUGCUGAGUACUGUACAGGGUUGUACAAUAAGAACCCAAUGUCAUGGCAAAGGAAAGAAUGACUCAUUCUUCAAACAUUAACCACUUUGCUGUCGAAGCAGUCUGAGGGAUGUUAAGUUUCUAGGUGUCCUGGAAUACAGGAAAAUAAGUGCAUAUUAAAACAGGGUCACUAGGAACAGGCAAAAGCAAUUCAGAUAAAAUGGGCACAACCCUUCUAACUUGAACCCAGCAGUUGCUGUUGAGCUUCAAACAAUUGGAAAUACAUCCGUUCCUCUUUGUCAGUACUGCACUUCUCACCUCCAACUGAAAGCUGGAGUUCUGAGUGCUGCCAAAAAAGCUACUUUCUUGUUUGAUUAGUUUUCUUUCAAUCUGCUUGGAAUAGGAAACGCGGAAAGAGCUCAGUGUCGAACUCAAAGUGACCUUGAUUCUUAUUUGCAAAAGUUGCUCCGAAAAUGUCCCCACUACUAGAUACUUUAUCUUAGAAACUGUUUGUGCUUUACAUUAGGAUUAAGAAGCUUCAGGCAUUCUGGACCCUGCUCAGUGGGAGGUGAAGGUUAUGUAACAGAGAGUUGUCAUUAAGUUGUGCCUCUUAGUAGAACAGCAUUUGUUGACAUAGCAUGUUCAAGUAAAACCAGAAUGAGGGAAAUUCUGAGUGCUCCCAGCUCUGCAGUAUUCAUGUACAUGUUCAUGUAAUUUGAAAUCUAAAAGUGCAUAUUGCUGAAAACAUGGUGCAAAAUAUAAGGGCAAUGGAAAGGUUUUGCUAAUAAUUUGUAUGAUUCAAGCUUUGACUUAAGGGUCUGAUUUAUGUUCAGUAAGGAAAAAUAAGGAAAAAAAAAGCAAAAAGAGAAAACAACAAGAAAUAUAUUGUAAAAAUUAUUUAGUACUGGAAAAAACUCCAGGGCUAUUAUGAACUGAAAUACGUGCAGUGGGGAAAAUCAUGUACAAAUCUUGGUGAGUUUGUUUGUUUGUUUGUUUUGCUUUUUCUCCUUCCCAAUUAAAGUAUACAGAGACUGACAUUAGCUAAGCAUUUGAUUGACUGGGGAAUUUUGAGAACACAGGUACACAAUCUCCUUCUGAAUUACCCUUCUUUUCCUUAAGCAUUUUUGAGUUUUCCAUAAUGAUUUCUGCUCACAACCAGUAGGCGGGUUUAGAAUUUGAUUUUUUAUACCCUCAGAUUCUUCAGCUGCAAUACUUUCUCAGUCCUUGAGCUUUACAUGCACUAUGCAAAACAUCAUGCUUGUAUUCAAACCAUAAUGCAGCUCUCAAAAUUAUGUAAUAUUUCAACCACUCUGCUAACUCAAUGACUGCCAAGAACUGUGGUGAAAUCUAAUUAUUUGGGGGUUUUUCAGUUUGCUUUUUUAAUGUAGUGAAUUUUCUUCUGAGUUUGGGGACAAGCUAAAGCUACAUCACAUUGAAAAAAAAAAAAGCAAAAAAAAAGCAAAAAAAAAGAGACAAAACUUCCCUGAGGUAGUAGGGAACCAAAGAGAGAAAAUUUUACAGUUAUCACCUAGGAAUACACAGAAAGUUGCUGCAUGUGCAUUAGAAGUAAAGGCUGAAGCACUUUCACAGUGGAAUACUUAGACUUUUCACUUUAUGAAGCUCCUUAUGUUGGAAGAGAGGUUUUUAAUCCUUUCCUUCGCUCAUGUCACUCAACCCAUUCUUGAAACUCAGCAGUCUAUGAGUAUGUAUAUUCUGCAACUCAGAUCACAUGAUAAUACUAAUUUUCUGCAAUGACAAAAUGAUCCUCGUUAUGAUUGAUGGCAAAGUACAACCAUUUUGUAAGGAAUCACAUCCUCCCACCAGCACCUUAUAAAAUCACAUUUUGAAAUUCCACUCUAUAUUCUGUAUAUUUGCUAUUUUCUCCAGCUAUAGCAGAUAUCCUAAACAACCUGUGUGGCUAUUGUAAUAGUCAUCUCACUAAAAUUUUGCUGAGUAAAAGUUUACCAUAUGAUUUCAAAUGGCAUAAUUCUAGUUAGAAAGUCUAUGCAAAGCAGAGGUUUUUUUUCUGCAAUCUAUUUACUGAUGAUAAGGUUGAUACUUUUGGGCUUUGGUUUUUUGUUUUAGUCGGUUUUUGGGGUUUU